AUGUAUGGGACAGUGACUGGAUAUGGUUAUAAUACUACAGUUGAUGGGAACUACACAAUUAGUCAUAGUCAUCCUAAUGGGAAGAUAUAUGUCAGUGUGUAUGGAUUUAUUUCUAGUGGUGGCUAUGGAUAUCUAGCAGGAAUGCUUCUCAAUGGACCAGAAAUCAAUGAAUGUACUGACAAUAAUGGAGGAUGUGAGGAUUCUUGUCAUAAUACAAAUGGCAGUUACUACUGUUCAUGUAAUACCAGCUAUAUUAUUAACUAUGACAACCAUCAUUGUGAUGAUGUGAAUGAAUGUACUCUUGGUAUUAGUGGAUGUAAUCAGAAUUGUGUCAAUACAGAAGGUUCCUAUCUUUGUUCCUGCUUUGCUGGAUACCAUCUUAUGAGUAAUCAGAAAAACUUGUGUUGUUAUGUCUGUGAUUGUCAACCAGGGUACCAGUUGUCCAAUGGACUCACUUGUUCUGAUAUCAAUGAAUGUGAUAGUAACAAUGGUGGUUGUGAUCAAGAAUGUAUUACAGUAGGAUCUUACUAUUGUCAAUGUAACACUAGCUUCACACUUGAUGAAGAUGGACAUGGAUGUUCUAACAUUGAUGAGUGUAGUGAAGGGAUUUCUGGAUGUAGUCAACUAUGUACUAAUACUAUUGGAAGCUAUAGAUGUGCUUGUCAGAAUGGAUACCAACUUGGAAUUGACAACCACACAUGUCUUGACAUCAAUGAAUGUACAACUCAAAAUGGAGGAUGUGAACAGAAUUGUCAAAAUACAAUUGGUAGCUAUUCUUGUUCUUGUCUGACUGGAUACUUAAUUGAUGAUAGCAAUGGUUACAACUGUACAGAUAUCAAUGAGUGUGCUUCAUAUAAUGGAGGUUGUAGUCAGACUUGUUCUAACACUCCUGGUUCUUACUCCUGUUCCUGUAACUCUGGAUAUGUCCUAAAUAUAGAUGGAUAUAAUUGUACUGAUAUCAAUGAAUGUGAUAAUGACAAUGGUGGUUGUGAUCAUAUUUGUAUCAAUAAACCAGGAAGUUAUCACUGUCAAUGUGAUGUUGGUUUUAAUUUAGAAAACAAUGGAAACUGCACAGAUAUCAAUGAGUGUAAUACUAAUAAUGGAGGUUGUGAACAAAUAUGUACUAAUACUAAUGGAAAUUUCCAGUGUUCCUGCUAUUCUGGAUAUAGUGGUAACAUCUUCUGCUCAGAUAUUAAUGAGUGUGCUACUGAGAAUGGAGGAUGUCAACAGAACUGUCAAAACAGUAUCGGUACUUAUUCUUGUUCUUGUCUGACUGGAUAUUCAGUUGAUACUAAUGGUCACAACUGUACAGAUAUCAAUGAGUGUACUUCAUAUAAUGGAGGUUGUAGUCAGACUUGUUCUAAUACUCCUGGUUCUUACUCCUGUUCCUAAUCUGGAUAUGUCCUAAAUAUAGAUGAACAUAAUUGUACUGAUAUCAAUGAGUGUAAUAAUGACAAUGGUGGUUGUGAUCAUACUUGUAUCAAUAAACCAGGAAGUUAUCAGUGUCAGUGUGAUAUUGGAUUCAACACCGAUACCAAUGGAAAAAUUUGUACAGAUAUUAAUGAAUGUGAGAUUGGAAAUGGAGGUUGUGAACAAAUAUGUACAAAUAUUGAAGGUAGUUUCCAAUGUACCUGUCAACCUGGAUAUCAUCUAUACAAUAGUAUAUUUUGCUCAGACAUAGAUGAGUGUUCACUCAAUCUAACAAGAUGUACUCAAGGUUGUCAUAACAGUGUUGGUAGUUAUCAAUGUACAUGUCAGACUGGCUAUUACUUAGCAAUUGUAGUUUUUCUUGUUCUCAAACGAAAAAGACUUAAAAGUCAGAAAUAUGAUAUUUCUGAAGAUAAUAAUGCUAGACAGAAUUCAUUGUACUUCGAAGUUAAUGAAACAUUUCAUGAAGAAGAAAAUUUGUGA